AUGGCAGGUCUGCCAUUGGAUGCAGGGGCUUUGAUGUCGACAGUGCUCGAAGGCAUUUUAUAUGGCUUUUCGAUACUCCUGUUCAUUGGUACCCUCUGUUCUUUGACCUACAAACGUCACAUGCAGAAGAUCAAUCUUCCCAAUCCUUAUCGUGGCAAUUAUGCUGCUAGUACUGAGCACUGCGCCGAAGACGGACUGGUGAAGAACCAAUACGUGUACCCAAACGGGCCAUCAGAAUAUUUUGCAGAUGUUUCGCAGAUGACGUAUAUAAUAAAACAUUCGUUUUAUGUGUUGCAAACUCUUGUUGCCGAUGGUGUGGUGUCUGUAUGGAUUGUCAUCCUACCGAUUAUGCUGUGGUGUAGUGUUGCAGUGACUGGUGUCACCGCACUUUACAGAUCCUCGCAAGCCAGUACUGGCUCCGAGGUCUUCGUCAACUCACUUCACCUUGUGCAAUGGGUCACGGCGUUCUUUGCCUCGACAAUUGCAACUAAUUUGCUGAGCUCAGGAUUACUGGCAUAUCGGAUUUGGGUUAUUCAACGCGGUGUCUCUGGGUUCCGCACUGGUAUAUCGAGGAAAAAUAGGAUGCCAGUAGUGCGUGUGCUCGUGGAUGCUGCUAUCCUGUACUCUGCGGUGCUAGUUACUGCGCUAGUGCUGUUUAUCUGUGGGAACAACGAACAGGAUACUGUCGUAGACAUGGCCGUGCCGAUCAUGUCGAUUGCCUUCUACAUGGUGCUCAUUCGCAUCGCGCUCAACAAAACAGAACGCAGUUAUGUCUCGACUCAGACUGCUAUGGAUAUUCCUGAUGCGCGGGCGGCCAGGGAGGCAGGACAAGAACACGCACAGCGAUAUGACAUGAACCCUUUGCAGGUUUAUGUACCCCAAUUCCCAAAUGAAGCCCAACUAUCCAAGUCGUCAAGCACGAUGGAGUCUUUGAAAGAUCUAGAGGCGCCUUCACUUUGCGCCGUGUAA